GGUGGGACGGGGAGGACGUCACCCAGGGGGUCCCGCGAGUCCCCCAGGGGGAGCUGCCCUACACCCUGAGCCUGAGCGUCACUCUGCAGUCGCCCCACGGCAUCGACCGCGUGCUCUCCAACUGCUCCCUCACCCCCCUGAGCUACACAGCUGGGAACCGGACCACCGCCCAGGUGUCUCUGGCUGAGGCCCCCCCGUGGGACCGAGACGUGGAGCUGCUGGUGUAUUACGCGGAGCCGCACAACCCCGCGGGGGGCUGGGGGUUGGGUUGCCCGGAGCAGAGCCAG